CCGCCGCCGCCGCCGCCGCCGCCGCCGCCCGGGAGCGCGUUGCUGGGCGCGCCCAUCCCCGCCCGGGGUCGGUGCGCUCGUCCGGGGCCGCGGCGGCGGAACCGCUCCCAGAGAAGGGGGCGCGGGGCGGCAGCGGCCGGGGCUGCCCGCGGCCGAGGGAGGCUGCGCCCGGGUCCCCGGCCACGCGGGAGGCUCGGACACUGCGGCGGGCGGAGCCGAGCCGUGCCAUGGGGGAGGCGCCCAGCCCGGCGCCCGCGCCCGCGCCCUCGCCCUCGCCCGCGCUCUGGGACUGGGACUACCUGGACCGCUGCUUCGCCCGCCACCGCGUCUGCAUCUCCUUCGGCCUGUGGAUCUGCUCCUCCUCCUGCUGGAUCGCCGCCCACGCGCUGCUUCUCUAUCUGAGAUGUUCAAAGAAACCCAGACGGGACCAGACGGCGCCGUGUGCUGCCUGCUGCCUCCUGACCAGCCUGUGUGACACCGUCGGGGCGAUUCUGGCCAGACAGCUCACGAUCCAGGUUUUCACUGGUGCCUACCUGGCAGCUGUUGACUUGGUGAACUUUGUGUUCAUUCUCUUCCCAGUCUGCGGCUCCAGAUACAAGCCUAAUUCGGGUCGGGGCUCCCGGGAGAGGAAGAGGAAGCGGCGGCUCAGGGCCAGCCUAUUUGCCCUGGCCCUGCCGCUGAGUCUGGGCCCUGGCUGGGCCCUCUGGGCCGCUGUCCCGAAGGCAUCAGGCCUCAUCCGAGGGCCGCAGCGGAGGCUCCUGGGAAGCUUUCUGCAGGACAACACCGAAAUCCUCGGCUACCUGCUGGGUGGCAUCGCCGCCCUCGGCUCCUGGGCCUCCCGGAUCCCCCCGCUCUCCAGAAUCUGCCGGGGUAGGACGUUUCCCUCCAUCCACCUGUGGACCCGGCUCCUGUCGGCCCUGGCUGGCCUCCUCUACGCUUCAGCCAUCGUGGCCCAUGACCGGCGGCCUGAGUACCUGCUUCGGGCCACUCCCUGGUUCCUGACCUCCCUCGGCCGUGCCUCGCUGGACCUUGCUAUCAUUUUCCUUUCCUGCGUGAUGAAGAGCAAGAUGAGGAGGGCCUUAGGAUUCACCUCCGAAGCCAGAGGGAGCCCUGACACCCAAGCCCUUUUGACCUGUGCAGAGAAAGAGCAAGAAAACGAGGAGGCGAGGAACGAGAAUACAGAUUGGGUGCCUCUCACCACACUACCGCGCUGCAAGUCACUCAGGAUGAUGGCAGCCAUCAGUCCCUACAUGGAGCUGACCAUCGAGCCAGUGCAGCAGGCAGGCUGCAGCGCCACCAGGCUGCCCGGCGACGGUCAGACGAGCACCGGAGACGCGUCCCUGCCGGAGCCCCCCUCGUACCCUCCCGUUCAGGUCAUCCGGGCCCGCGUGUCCUCCAGCAGCUCCUCCGAGGUGUCCUCCAUCAACUCCGACCUCGAGCAGAAGUAUUGGGAAGCCCUAAAGUCGGAGCGCGUAUGGACAGUCAUGCUCUCUCUCUCUUCCAGAAGGCACUUCCUGUGGCUGAUUUCAGUUCCUGUUUGUGUGAGCCCCCCUUGGAUGACUGGGCCCAUGCCAAAUUUCUUUAGGGAGAAAAAGAAUGUGAAAACGAGAGUGGGACCCUGAAGAUGUAAACCUUGAAGGGAACAAAGACAACGUAGAGAUGCUCAGAUCCCAGGUGCACAGCUGCUCUGCGAGGCCAGUGGACUUGACCUCCGACGAGUAACACUUUCUGGAGCCAGCACAUCAGCUCAGAACCCAAGGUCUAGUGUUUGUCAGGAACUGAGCAAGACAACUGAUCAACAUGCAGUGACACCCAUGGCAGGAAUGUAAGCUUCUGCCAAGGCCGCCUAUAAAAGUGAGGAACCAGGAACUGUCACUGAGCCUGGCUGGUCUGAGCUAUGGCUCAGAAGGGAGCUAAGACUCUGGGACCUGUGGACAGACCUGGACAAGCCCAGAGUUUGUUCUGAAGAUUAGAAGCUCACACACCACUCUUGCUUUGAGAUAAAAACCUUCAUCUAAAGGACACUGGACCCUCCUUUCCCUUUCCUUUUAGAUUCAGCGAUACUCUGAAUAUCUGCCGGGUGUCAGGAAGGAGUUUCUCUAACAGUUAAUGUGUUUGGAUCCCGGCAGAGCCCCAUUCUGCAAGACCCAGCUGAGUCUGGAGAAGAGAGGGAUGGGCCCACGUGCUGGGGGUCUGGGACACAGUCACAGAUACUGAUGGGACCUGGCUCCUGCCCUCCGGUCACCUACUUGAGUUUUCUGCUGGAAGUUAGGACUGCUUGGUCAACCACAUGUUUGUGAGAUCACCGGCAUUGCAAGAACAAGCAGGGCAAACUGCUCUAGGUUCCAGGACUUGCUCCAACCGGGCGAGGUGUGUGCUGGGACGGGGUCUGCAGGUGAGAGGCACUCUAUGCUUCAGCAGGUGACUGAGGGCAUGCAGAGGGUAGAGGCAUGGCCAAGGCGUUCAAUCCCAGCACAGCAAUCCCACUGUAGGAUUAUUUUGGUACUGUGAUCACAGGUGAGGGGAAGGGUGGAGGCAAUGGGGCUAAGGCGGGAGGAACACUGAAGGGAAUAAAUCCUGAUGGAGUGAAUUGAAGUAGCUCACUGUGGAACACAGCGAUACGUCUGAAUCCCGGCACAGCCACAGAAGUCUACCACGAGGGGAACUGGGAGAAAUGCCAAGGAACACAGCUCUGCUCCUGGCUGACCCUUGGCAGCCUGUGUGACUCAGCUGCAGCUGCCCAGUUUCUCCUAAGGGGUAGUGCUCGUCCCAGCAGCAUGAACAAGGGGGUGGCUCUAGGAAGCAGGUUGGUUCUGUAGGUCUCUGUGGAGAUCCUAAUCCCCUGGGUGACCUCUGAGCUAGAUGCGAACUUAAAGCCACCGCAAUUAUCCAACUGUUUUGGACCAUGGUUGUCUUACAAUGCAGUUUGCUAAAGUCAGGUUUGCUUUAUGAUCCUAACCACUGAAUCUGUACUUUGAGGGAAGAUGAAGAUUUGAGUUGGGGGGCGCGGGGGAGAGCCUUCAAGCAGAUGAAGCCACACAGAGGACUGGAAGUAGAGAAGGGUGGAAUCUAGUCAAGGAAGGAGGAAUCCGAUGUGGCCAGAAUAGGUGGCACAGUAUGCACUGUAGGGGGUGGGUGAAGAGGCUGGAAAGGAACCAGACUGUGGAGGCUAAGGAGUUGGCACUUAAUUCUGUGGCUAAUUGGUUGCCAUUGGGAGAUACCAGAGUAGGAAGGUGACUGACAUGCCUCAGGUAGGCCACAGCUGAUGGGUGAGUUUUACAUCCCUAUGGCCACAACUUUUCAGGAAGCAGAAGUGUACAGUCAUGGAUAUAGAAUGAACAUGGGGAACAUGUUUAAUCUGAGUGACAACAGCAGGGCAGGAGACAGGCUCAUCUUUAGAAAGGCAGAAGGCAUGGUAACAGCAUGACAUCUCUGGAGCUUGCCUUUAGCACAGCCUCUCUCUCUCAGGGACAGGCUGGCUCAUGCUCCCUGGGACAUCAGAAAUUGGUUGGAUCCUACUGGAAAUGGCCAUUCACCCAAGAACAUCAAAUGAUUUUAUUGGCUUUGAGCAGCACAAACUACUUGAGCUCCAGAUGUUGACUGUCUUCCUAGAUCUCAUUGUUCCAGCCUCUUUCUUCACAAAGCAGUUCCUAUUAUGAUACUUCCUAUCAUGGUCCAAGCUUGUCACCCAGGGUGAACCAUUAAACUGAGAAUUUUGGAAGCAGAGUUUGACCUCAUUGUUCAGUGAGAACUGCCUGUGAUGCAAAGGCAGAUUCUCAUUGGGACUGGAAGUGGAUUCGGCAACUCUGGAGCCUUUGUGAAGAGGUGCCAAGCAAAAUGCCUUUCUCCUAGUAGGAGUGUCCCUGACCUGGGCCUCCAAUGCAGCUUCAUCCCCAGUUGUUAGUCAGAAUGGGAGGAUAAUAGGAGUUACUUGCCCUGAAGACUCACUGAGCGGUGCGAGGGGUUACCCACACUGCAGAGAAGCUGAGGAGCAGUCUGUGUAAGCAUCCUCUCCUGCCCACUCAUCUGGGGAUGAGAGAUGCUGUAAUACAGUCUCAGCUGUGCUGCCUAUUAUCUGCAUGGCUUGGAACAUGUUACUUAACCUUUGUGAACUCCUGAGGUAGACGGAGAGUAACACCUACCUAGAGAGCUUGUUGUGAAGACUAAGUGAAUUAACACAUAUGAAAUGCUCAACACGAUACCUGACUCAAAGUAGAGUUGAAGAGGGAUGAGUUUCUUCCUUCCCUAUACUUCCUGGCCACAUAUGCCCUGAAAGCUGGUGGGUAACCCAAGAAUCAGACCCACAGAUGGAAGGGACUACAGAGGUCUGAAUACCCUUGACAACCCUAAUAAGUGAUUAUCCAGCCCCUACUUAAGCUCCUCUGAAAAAAAAGGAUUUCACCCAUUUUAUCUCCCAAAGAAGUCUUUAUGAUUUAGUAGAGCUCUUAUCACCAAGAUUUUCUUAAAAUCCUGUCUAGAUCCUGAAGAACCAAUCCCCUUAUCCCCCACCAGUACUUCAGUAGAUGAAGACAUUUAUGAGCAUCAUCUGAUGCCACGCUCACAUCAUGUUUGCUACAAUGGGGUAUGAGCUCCCACACAAUGAGGAGAGGCACUGGGCCAAGGAGCAUGGCUGGGUUCCAGUUCCCAGGUCUGAUUCAUGGUGAGCCUUGUCAAGUCAUUUCCCUUUCUGGUCAUGGUUUCCUCAUCUGUAAAAAUCAAAGGCCAGAUUUCUUUCAUUUUUUGCCCUUUUAUGAAAAUGCCAGAGAACUUUUGUUUCCCACAGAAGACUGACAUCUUUAUAAAUUCUCAAGAUACAGACAUUAAAAUAUUAAGACAAAUUUCAGAUCUACUUGGAAAAUAAGUUUCAUUAUAGAAUAUAUACUUCUUUCUGUUUUGGUUUUACUAUCCAUUAAAGUAACAUUUCCGUUUUACAAAGAAACCAGUCUUUGCUGUAACAUGAAGAAAUCACAGCAUUUGACAUUUUAAAAGUUUGCAGAUUCCUUCCAGUACUGAAAACCAAAAAUUUAUAAAACCUUGUUUCCAAA